AUGGGAAGGCUCAUCAAGAACCACUGGGCGAGGCUCAUUGUUCUCUCGGCCGCAACUUACCAAGUUGCUGCUAGCCUUGAGUCCUACUUUUGGCCGAAGAUCUUCUUCGACUUUUUGACCCACUCGCUGGAUGGCGCCGUUCGGCCGGUGCCCGUGCUGCAGACGAUUAAUAUUCUGCUAGGAUUUUUGAUGCUAGCGUGGGAGUGGCCUCUGGGUGCAAUCGCUGGGUCUGGAUUCCACCGAAGUCUCGAGUUGCGUCUCGCCAUCAUCCCAGUUGCUGCCAUUGCUGCCGGCCUGCUCUACCAAGGCACCAACGCUGCCGUCUACUACCUGAUUGGUAUGGCUGUGUAUUUUUGGGCAUACAGCGAGGGAGAGAUCAUCUGCGCAAAGCCUUGGACUCUACCUCAGCGUGGAGGGCGUGGUGCUCGAGUCUAA